CAACAUCCCUUAAACAAAAAAUUCUAAUUUACUAUUAAUUCUUUUAUUGAAGUUUUUUCUUUCCCUUCAUAUUUAAAACUCUUUAAAUACUUAAUAUAAUUAAUCAUAUAAUAUAAAAUGUCUGGUGGUAAAGGUAAAGCCGGUUCAUCCGAAAAAGCUUCAACUUCAAGAUCUGCUAAAGCUGGUUUAACUUUCCCAGUUGGUAGAGUUCAUAGAUUAUUAAGAAAAGGUAACUAUGCUCAAAGAGUUGGUUCUGGUGCUCCAGUUUAUUUAACUUCUGUUUUAGAAUAUUUAGCUGCUGAAAUUUUAGAAUUAGCUGGUAAUGCUGCUAGAGAUAAUAAGAAAUCAAGAAUUAUUCCAAGACAUUUAUCUUUAGCUAUCAGAAAUGAUGAAGAAUUAAAUAAAUUAUUAGGUCAUGUUACUAUUGCUAAAGGUGGUGUUUUACCAAACAUUCACGCAUCCUUAUUACCAACUAAGAAGGCUAAGCCAGGUAAGGCUUCUCAAGAAUUAUAAGUUUAAGAUUAACAUUACUAUAUGUUUAAAUCUUUGACUUUUAAUUUUAUGAUUGCUUUCUUUUGAUUCUUCUAUUUCCUAUUAUUAUUAGUAUUAGUUCUUUGUGUACAUUAGUUAUAAAUGAUAUAUUUAUCAAAUAAAUAUAUUUGAACGAAUUAUUUAAUCUUGUAGAGUAGUAAUACAAUUAGUUAAAGUUGUUUAACCUCAUAGUUAACUCAAUUGAGUUGAUAGUAAUGUAACCCCUCAAAUACU